GUGUAUGGGUGUAUGCAUGCAUGUAUAUAUUAUUACGUCUCUUUUUUUUUUUCAGUUUCUUUCCCCCAAUCUACCGUAUAGAAGAGAGUAAUACAUGUUCUGUAUCCCUACUACCUUACGGCUGUCCGCUCUGCUGACAUCAAACUAGAAAGACAGACAGACAAACAGCAAGGCAGACAGGAAGAACGGUGAACAAAAACAGAAUGUAACAAAUAAACAAACACAAGGAGGAUUAUUAACCAGAGAGAAACCAAAAAAGAAAGAAAAAGAAACGAGUAAUAACAAUAAUAAUAAUAAUAAUAAUAAUAAUAAUAAUAAUAGUCGUAGUUGUAGUAAAAAUUGUAAUAGCAAUAAUAAUAAUAAUAAUAAUAAUAAUAAUAAUAACCAUAGAAAGACAAAUACAUGAAGAAAAAGUAAAGCAGUUUUUCGUUCGAUUUUUCUGUAUUUAAAAUGACAACCUCUGCAAAAUCCAAUGGAAUAUACAUCAGCAUCGGCUCCGUCAUAACUUUAAGCCACAUCAUUGCAUUCUUUCUGACAAUGUCAAUCAUUACCAAAACGGAAUGUGAGUCUUUUGCGUACAACACCAACAGAGGCAAUAGAAGAACUGGCCUGAAUGAACGUCGAGUCGACAAUUCAAUACGGAGUUUGAAUAGAGAAACAAACAACGAAAAGAAACGAGAUGAGUACCAUUACGUUUCGCAUGCGGACUCCCGUAAACAUCCAUCCGUUUGGUCAAGUUGGAGUUGGUGGUCAAAGUGCUCUCGAACUUGCGGCCAUGGUGUAAGAAUGAGAUCAAGAAAUUGUCUUGUAUGGACUGGCAGCCGUUACGCAAAAACUUAUUUGUCUUCUUGCACCGAUACAAAUGUGGAUUUUCAUGUUUGUAAAACUAAGGAUUGCAGUGCAAACAGCCAGGAUUUUCGAGACUACCAGUGCUCUUUGUACAACCAACCGAGGGUGCGUCUUUCAUAUGGUGGAAAAUGGAAUCCAGUUUUCACAGAGAAAACACCCUGCCGCCUGAUAUGUGAAAACACGCUAUAUCCCAUUCAGAAAUCAUUUGGGACUGUUCUUGAUGGCACAUAUUGUUAUAGACGAGGCACAGAUAUGUGCGUACAUGGUGAAUGUAAGAAAGUUGGCUGCGAUAACCAUUUGGACUCACGUCAAAAGUUGGAUAUGUGCGGAAUAUGUGGUGGCCAAAACGACACUUGCCGAAAAAUUGAAGGAAGGUAUACCGAACGUUUACCAGUUCCACGAGAUGAUAACAAUGGUUACAAUGAAAUGUUUGAAUUACCAGCUGGUGCCACUGAACUUUCAGUUGAAGAGACAAGCCGAAAUUUCUUAGCUUUGAUGUCGGCAAACAAGACGUUUGAAUUGAAUGGAAACUAUAAAAUAGAAUCUUCAGGAACGAAAAAUAUUGCUGGAACUGAACUAUUUUAUGAACGUGAUGGAAACAAGAACGAAUCACUUCGAAUAGUCGGUCCAACAAAGAAAAAAAUCUAUGUAUUGUUACUUUAUAAAGAACAUAACAAAGGACUCAGCUAUGAAUAUUGGAUGCCAGAUAAUUCUUCACAAAAUAAAUAUCCAACUCAUCCACCAAUCACGAGGAAAAACGGUUUGAAAGACCUUCGAAACCAUCGAGAACGUACACAGUCACAGAUGAUAAAAAAUAUACACUCAAGAAUCAAGCAAUUUUAUAGAACAUCUUCGCCAAGAAAUGCUAACACUCAGUUCGAUAGAAGACCAUUACCGAACUCAGCAAAAGUCAAAAAUCACAAUUUGAAAAAAGCAGCCAAGAGGUCUUUCAAUGAUGGAAGGAAAAUUGGUCAGAAAUCAAACACUUACCAUUCAAGAAGCAAUCACAAGACAGCAAAUUGUGGUUCAUGCAAAAGAACUAAGAAGCGUAAAGAAUUAUUUUGCCAAGGUGCUUUUGUGAGUCAUAUAAGUGUGAGAUCUGUGAGUAAAGUGAAAAAUCAAGUCCGCUACGACGUCGCCGUGAGAAAACUUUACCGCUACACUUUACCACUGAUGUCGAGAGAAUUCAUUUACUUGGCAAAUGGUUGCCACUGUCCCAAGUUGAUAAAGGGCAAAGAUUAUUUGGUCAUCGGUUUCAUAAAUCCUCAUGAAAGACAUGAGAUUCAGUUAAUCUUACCAUCAGACACAUAUUACAGGACUUAUACAAAUUUUGCCGGUAAGAAAUUAGACGAAUUGAGCAAAAAGUACCGAUGUCCUGCCAGUUAAUUUUUCGAUGGAUGUAAUUGUUUGGUGAGCUUAAUUGCUUGAUUAGUGUAACUAAUGGUAGGAAUACUUUGUUUUAAAAAAAAUAAUAAUGAUAAUUACAUUAUUUCGUUCAUUUACUUUUAAAUUAUUUUUAGUUUUCAUCAUUUGAAUGGUCAGUAUAUUAAAAAUGAAUUAAUGAUAGUUUAAUGUUUCUUAAAUAAUAUAUUCAUAUAUGCAUACACGCUCGCACAUAUACACACAUAAACACACAUUCACACAUAUAUGUGUAUGACUGAUUGUAUGUGUGCAUGUGUAUAUAUAUAUAUAUACUAGCAGAAAUACCCGGCCUUGCCCGGGUUAAAGAGAAUAAUGAAAUCUAAAAACGCCGUCUAGACUACGCAUCAUCUUUAUAUAUAGAGAUGUAUAUACACACACGCACCCAAACACACGUAUAUAUAUGUAUAUCAAUAUAAAUAUACGAAAGUCAAUGAAGUUUCGUAAAAGAAGGUGAUCAUGUACAUACUUUCUUGCUGUUGUGAUUAUAACACCUCGUUGUAAACAAUGUUCCUUGUGGAGCAUAUACGAAUAGGUUUUUUUUGCUGCCCACUCUUGAGCAGCCAACAUACAGUUGUCCAUGUGAGAAGCAGGGCUCUUCCAAGAGAAGACCAGCUACAGACAGUGUUUGACACUGAGAUUCGUUUAUGGGCAUGGCAAAAGUCACACGAAGAGGAAAUUGUAGUCUUCUAAAAGUAAAAGGAAUGUCUGCUCCUGAUGGAGUAAGAGGAAUUCUUGGAAUAAAGACGUCAUCCCCUUUUGCACGUCCAGAAAGAAUGGUAGCCUCGAUAACGUGUGACAUCAUUUUCUAAAUAAUGCUCAUCUGUUAUGUUCGGGUUAAAAUUUCAUCAACAUCAAAAAUAUAUGAAUUUUCAUGGGAGUUAUGGCCGUUAUGCAAAGAAUAUAAUUUCCAAAUUUCAUAAAGAUCCAUUCAGUACUUUUGACGGAGUUUUGGAUAAGAAAACACAUGACUAAUGUGUGUGUUUGUGUGCAUGUGUAUGUGUGUGUGAUGGGUGUAUAUAUGUAUAGAUAU